AUUACGAGCACCCACUUUUCCUGAGCACACUCGCUACCGAGCUAUGUCCGCUCUGUUCUCAGAAUACUUGGCUACGGACGAUACGACCAUCCUACUGGGACUCAUCGCAGCUACCGUAUUUCUACUGAACAAUCUCUACAAGCCUCAGCCUUCCAUCCACCCCAUCCUCCUUGGGCGUCAGAGUGACGUUGCACGCGUGCGCAAUCCCGGAGAGAGUGCUGUCUAUCGAAACUAUGGCACUGGAUUAAUGGGUCGGUUCCCGCUUCGACCGGCAAAGGAUGUGCACAUUCUUGCAGACAUGCUGAAACCUGACUCGGACGCGCCGCGAACCCUCUGGUCGACCAAACAACCCGUUCUUCAAGACCGAAUCGCGGCCUUCGGCACAGGCCUUCUGCGACUGGCAGGUUUGGAGGUGGGAGAAUCCAAUGUCUUGCUAUUGCUGAAUGAUUGCGUCGAGUUCGUUAUUGCUGACUUUGCCCUCGCGUCGCACUCCAUUCCAUCAUUCACCCUGUCAUCGUCCACCCUGCUAGCGCCUGUGUUGGAAUCGCACCCCCCAUCUGCAAUCGUAACCCACGCGUCGUUGCUGACCUCGGUUCUUGAACUGAUCUAUGACGCGGGCGAGGCCAAUCGGAACCAUACUAUCAUUGUCGUGGGAGAACCAAGCUCGCAGGCCCUCGCCAGUGUUGCAAGCCGAGUCCAAGUUCUGAGAUGGGCCGAUGUUGAACGCGAAGGGGUCAAGACUGAGAAAAUUCUGAGCCCUAUUCCGAAACCCAGCGACGUGUUCACUGUGUCGUUCUUCGCUUCUGAGUCGGGACAGAUUCAAGGAGCUCAACUUUCCCAUGAAAACAUUACCGCUGGGGUAGCUGCAGUCCGAGCAAUGCUGCCUCUGUCACACACUCUCACCCAAUUGGACACCAUUAUCUCCGCUCAUUCGAUCAGUACGGCAUAUGGACGAGCGAUUGCAUACACGGCAUUGUAUGAGGGCACCAGUUUCGCCACGCUCGAUAGCGCCAAGCUCUUUGUCGACGAAGAUUCCACCUCCCGAAUUGAUUUGCAAGACGUUCUUUCGAGUAGAAAUUAUCCGAUACCUCCUGCAAGCGUGUUGUUUGUGAAGCCUGGACACGUGCAGGCGCUGGUCAACGCUGUUUCCAAGGAAUCCCGCAAGUCGUUUUGUUUCAUUGCCAAAGAUGGACUGUGGGACCGACUGGUGUUCGAUGCUGCUCGUGCGAAAGCUAUUGGAGACGGAUCCAAUGCUCUGCGGGCGAUUAUCUCGAGCGAGGGUUCCAUCCCCGCAAACGAGUUGGCUCCGUCGCGGAUCUCGCUGUCCAUUCCCAUCAUUAAUUGCUAUUCCCAUCCGUUGGUCGCUGCGCCGGUUCUUGCGUCACAUGCGCUGGACGUGCAGGACUUGGACCCGGAAUCGACCGGGCCGGCUCAUACUGGGCCGCCAGGGAUCAAUGUCGAGGUCAAGCUGGUCGGCGUAGAGGACGAUCGUGUUGAGAGCGGCGAGAAUCCGUCGGGCAUUCUCAUGGGGACAGAUAAGGUGAACACAAGACAAAUCCUCUACCAACCCCCAACAUCAUCUACGCUUCCUCUCCUCGCGAACCCUAACAUGUCCGCCAGCUCGCCUGUCUCCUCGCCCGCUCCUGAGUCUCCCAUCGCUGCUCAGCCUCCGAAGAAGGAGAAAGCUACUAAGAAGGCCGCUGCUCCCAAAGCUAAGAAGGAGACCAAGACCAAGCCCGCCGCCAAGGCUAAAUCGUCCUCCUCGCCCAAGGCAACUCCCGCUCAUCCUUCGUUCCGUGACAUUAUCAAGGUAUUCGAUCCCCAGUUAUUCCAUACCCUCUGCUCAUCCUCUGAACAGGAAUGCAUCGUCAACAACAAAGACACAGUUCGGCAGGGCGUGUCUCGUGCCACCCUCAAGAAAUAUGCCGAGGAUACCUACCAGCUGAAUACUUCGUCCGACAUCGCUCACCUCAACCGCGCUCUGGUGUCUGGUGUCGAAGCCGGCCUGUUCGUCCAGCCUAAAGUAGGUUACGGCCGCUUUUGUGCUCUGCUCUCAACUCACAUGGAUUUCCUAGGGUCCAUCUGGUUGCGUGAAGCUGGCACCAAGGUCCGAAACGAUACGAAAGAAAACUCGAAGCCUGUGUCCAAGGUUACCAAAGCUGCUACUGUUGGGAAGUCUGCCACCAAGGCCACCAAGCCCCAGGCUGCUGCAUCCAAACCAGCAGCUAAACCUAAGGCAAAGGCUGCGACGAAGCCCGUGGCUACCAAAGCAAAGGCUGUGUCGACGACGAAGAAGACCACUACAACCAAGGCCGACAAGGCUGCUCCCACCAAGAAGGUCCUCGCAGGCAAGGCCACUAAGGCUGCUCCUGCGAAGAAGACCUCAUCCAAGGCCGCUGCAGUCAAGAAGACAGUGACUGGCAAGAAGGCUGCACCUGCGACCAAAGCCAAGGUUGCAGCCAAGGCCGCCCCCGCAAAGAAGACCUCUCGUGCAGCACCGAAGCCGCGGUCAAAUGCGAAGAAGGCCACGGCUUGAUUGCGCGUGUUUCUCGUAUCUGGCAUUUGCAGCAGCUCGCAGGGGCUGUUUUAUCUUAUUCUCUCUGUACCAUCAUCCACAUAUGUACUACUCACAUAUGUACCUCUACCUAUCUGUCUCUAGGAUGUGCAUACUAUGCUCGGUGUAUCUUGUUCUAAUAGAAUGUGAGCAGACCAGUCCGAGCUUGUUGUCUUAGCCCUUCAAAGUCGG